CCCAAGCCCGCACCAGCGCCGCGCCCCGCCCCGCCCGAUACAAUCCGAGCGGCCGUCCGCAUCCACCAUGGACGCCGACUCGGCUCCCGCGCCGGGAAGCAGAUGGAAGAAGCCCUCGUCCGGCCCCCAUCCCCGCAAGGGCGACGCGGCUGCCGACGCCCACCCGGGCCCCGACCCUACCACCGCGGGCCCUCCCCCCCCCUCCAGCAGGAGCGAGCUCAAGCGCAGGGAGGCCGCCGCGCUCGCACUCGCCGCGGCGGAGGCCGCGCGCGGGUCCGACGCUAGCUUCCGCGUCGACGGAGGCCACGGCGCCGUCCAGAGGCUCUGGAGCGACGCUGACGAGCUCGCGGCCUUUCACGAGCGCACCGACCGAGUCCAGCGCGGCCAGGACGCGGGGCCGCUGUUCGACUCCAUCAGGGACUCCAUUUCCCCGCACACCGACGUCGUGCUUUCUCCCGAGGACGACGACCCGGACGGCCAAGAGGCCGGUGAGCAGGAUGCUGACGAGCGACGCCGUGUCGUAGUUGCGGGUGAGAUGGACGCCGAAAAGCGACGUCUUGUCAUAGAGCGCACGCUCAAGCCCGCACCCGCGCCACGCCGCGACUCGGUGAUGCCAUCCAAGCGCCCGUUCGCAUCCGCCAUGGACGCCGACGCGGCGCCCGCGCCCCCAUCCCCUUCCAGUUCGAAGAAGCGCUCGUUCAGCCCCCAACCCCGCAUAGGCGACGACCACCAGGGCCCCAAUCCUAGUCCCUGCGGCUCCCCCUCACGCAGGAGUGAGCUCAAACGCUGGCUCCGCACUUCCGCGGAGACUGCCGCGCUCGCGCUAGCCGUGGUCGCCGCGGAGGCCGCGCGCUGGUCCGACGGCAGCGUCCGUGUCGACGGAGGGUACGACGCCGAUCAGAGUCUCGAACCCGCGGGCGUCCCUGUCAACGUAGGCCACGGCGCCGUACAGAGGCUCGAACACGCGGGCGACGAAGGCUGUGGCGCCGCCCCUAAAUAUCCUAAGACCUGGAGGUUGCUGCCGCCUUCCGCGAGCGCACUGGCCGAGCACCGCGCGAUCGGGACGCGGGGGUGCUGUUCCGCUCCAUCAGGGGCUCUAUUUCCCCCCACAUCAACAAGGCCAAGGUGUCCUACAAGCUGGGGCGCUUCAGGAGCAUGUACCGCACGAGGCGCCGGGGGAAUCCGCCAUCACGCACGACCGCCGCGUGCAUGAUCUGAGUGCCAAAGUGUGGGGC